GUUGCAGUGCCGCCCAACAUCGACGACUCGCAGAGCAGUUCUGACGUGAUUGUGCGGGAGGGUUCCAACGUCACACUCACGUGUCACGCCACGGGGUCUCCACCACCGAGCGUUAAGUGGAAGAGGGACGACGGAAGCAAGAUAGCCAUCAACAAGUCGCUCUCAGUGUCGGAGUGGGAAGGGGAGGUGCUGGAGCUGACACGCAUCAGUCGCCUCGAUAUGGGCGCCUACCUGUGUAUCGCCUCGAACGGCGUCCCGCCCACCGUCAGCAAGAGAAUCAAAAUAAGCGUGGACUUUCCGCCAAUGCUGUGGAUCCCACACCAGUUGGUGGGAGCACCUCUGGCAUACAGCGUGACGCUCGAAUGUUUCACCGAGGCGCAUCCCACGUCACUCAACUACUGGACGCGGGAGGACGGCAACAUGAUUCACGAGAGCCGCAAAUACAGGGCCGAGAAUACCGUUGACUCCCCGCCUUACAAAACCCACAUGAAGCUGACCAUAAGCAACAUCCAGGAGCGAGACUACGGUGUCUACAAGUGCGUGGCCAAGAACCCACGGGGCGAGACAGAUGGAACCAUACGGCUCUACACCUCCGCACCGCCCUCGACAACACCCGGACCCACUACGACGGACCUGCCUCCGAGAAGGAACCCAGAUCAAACCUGGGACGGCGCAGGGGACAUGAACAACUCUGUGUACAGCAAUCCCAGUUUGCUCAGUGGGCACUUGUCGGAGAAAGGUUCCAAAUAUUCAUCCAACAUAAAUGAAAUCGACAAAUCAGAACAGAAAUCAUCACCUGAUGCGACGGGGAAAGGUAUUCCUUACGAGUGGCCGCAGAAUGACAGUGGAUCCGGAGCUGGAGGCGUGUCGACGCGUCUCAGCGUGGCGUUCUGCACCGUGGCCAUUGGCAUUGUCAUGAGCAGAUAAAUCAUCGCCAUCUGCUUGUGAAUCCCAGCGCUGGUUCCGUGGAUACCCCCCCCCCUCCAGUGUCUGCCAGUCAACGAAGACAUGCAGUCACUCUUCAUCAGCUGUGACUGGGCAACUUGCGUGGCGAUACCUGUACGACCAGCAGGGAGUUCAUUGGAUCUUCUCUUCUUCGUGGGAGACUGAGAGACCUACGUAAAUACGUUCUGCAGAGAUACUAACCAGGAUUACAGUGUCCGGGCUUCCAAAUGGAAUUUUAGUAUUAUUAUUUCACCCAAAAAAAAUUGUGUAUACGUGACUAACCCAAUAGUUUCAUCUUAGUAUUAUGUUUGUUAAUCGCGUAUAUUUGGCUUUUCAUUACAGAUAUAGCACGUGCUAUGUUCUCGCACAAACUGUGGUAUCCCAGUUAAAAUGUAAGUAUCUUAGAACUCUGGAGCCGUAGUCUGUAUGUCCAUUAUUGCCUUUUCUGUUACUAAAAUUUAUGAUAUGUAAAUAACCGAAGACCCUACAAUAAAAACAGAAGAAUAACACCGUCAGUGUUACGAACUACUGUAUAUGUUGUGGAAGUAAUAUACACUGCAGAUCACGUUUCAGCUGUUUACUAUAACAUUUAUCAGUGUAUAAAUAUGUGCGUAAAUUUCUCAGUAAAAGGCAGUACGUCAAGAUCCUUGAGCGAUUUCACGAAGGUCUAUUGUACAUCAACUCCUACGUGUAGUGAUGCCGAGAUACUAUAAAAUAUUAAAAACUCUUUAGCGCCCACAAGCCUUGAAGUGGAAAUAGUACCCCAAGGCAAUACCAUUCGAAUUGAAGCAUUCUUUGGCCCUCAUUAAGCUCAGGAUAGCUUGCUGAGUGUGUAAACAACGCUUCAGUUACUAGCUGCAGUCAACGAACCAGCGAGAUCCCAAUUAACGUAUACGUCGCCAAUACCUCACAGUGUCAAACAAGACUGACGAACUGCACCUUAGGAACAGUGGCCAGGCAAGGGUGACAGAGAGGUCUGCCCAUUCAUGUGCGGGGCAGUGCUUCAAGGAUGAAACGUUAUUUUGUGCGGAAGAAAAUUAAACCAAUGAGCUUAUCCGAUGGUAGGUCCUGUAAAACCAUUAUUGUAAUGUGAGAUAAUAAAUGUAAGGCCCAAAAUACAGGGAACAAUCACAUGAAAAUAGACCACGAGCCAUGAUCUUUAGAUGUUUUCACAAGAAGAUGAAAUAUUACGGUAUAUAAAUGCCAUAUCUGUGUAAUGCGUGCCGAUGUGCUGAUGAAAUGCAGACUCUGGAGGCCCGUCUUCUAGGAGGUAACGCCGCGUAGUCCUUGGAAGUCAACAGACGUUUCGGAUGAGUAUGUUGUGUCUAUCUUCAGUAAGCUCUUCUUGCCACAGGCUUCAUGCUGGGUUCUUUCUUGGAUUAUUCUUCGACGCUAAAGAUGAUGGCGACAUGUUCCUCUGAAACGUCAGUUGACUUUCGGCGAACUGCGCCAUGUUAUCUCAGGAGAAACAACUCUUCAUGACCACCGCUGUGAGAAAUUUAAACACUGCAUUGAAGUAUUUUUUCUUUAUAUUGGGUCAAUUUUCAUGUGCCUGUUAAAUUAUGAUCGUGUAUAUGUUGAGUAAAAUAUGAAGAAUGUCGUCAUAGACCGGUGAAAUAUUCAAAUCCCAAACUGUAUUUAACGAGAUAAUCGAACUGUACCGCAUUGGAAUUAACAUAAUUCAUUUUCUUUCAAUGGUGUUUUGAGGAUAAACUUUUUUAUGAACCACAGGUCACAACGUUUACAUGGAUUAUUGUUUAACGAAGACAUGUGUCAAGAUUCAACUGGAAAACGCAAAAUAUUCUGAGCUUGAAGAAUAGUAGUCAUUUGAUUUGUGUUCGUAUAUGGGGAGAAUGUUUAAUCUCUGACAGACGAAGGACUACUUUGUGUGCCCAUUCCCAGAGCAGCGCAUGGCAGUGACACGUGACGAAUCGUUGCAAGAGGUGUUCCCACUGGAGCUACAGCAGUUCCUACAGGUCCGCCCCGAGGUGUAGGUGCUUCGUCUCACAGGGUUAUGACCCAUGGAAUUGGUGCAGGGGCACUUGCCAUCUCCUCCGUAGAUGGGACCACAGCAGUCUCUUGGAGAUCCAUCCCUUCACAUUACCGUCAUGCUAUUGAGUCGAGGAGGCCCAGAGGGCUCACCAGGUAUCAUAGGGCCACAACAUUAUAUUAAGAGCCACAACAUCCUAGUGCAUAUUAAUUUGGAUACAUGUGACAAAAGAAAACUAAGCUAAACCAGUUACUUGUAACAAAGUGGACUUGAAUUUAUCUUUCUUGCUGCCAUGAAGGAGGCAGCUUUGAGGUUCGAAUGUUUACUGAUCUGUAUCACACGUAGGACUCACAAUGAAUUCCAUAAGUAUACAGUUUCUGUAUGUGGGACUAUUGUAUUUUAAAUGCGUUUUUGAACUCUGAGUAACGUAUGAUAGGUAACAUCAGAAAAUGUAAAACAUUUUCCAAGCAAGUGAAAGGAAGCACUGAUUAUUAGAGAGGCCACUAUCAAUAACGAUUAUCCGGUCAAUAAUGACAUAGCUUAAUAUUGUACAUAAACCACAACAUAUACACAUCAGAAUUACCUGAAAGCAUUUUGUAAGCCGGAAAUAAGUUAGCCUGCCAGUGUACAGGAAAACUGGCAUUCCGUUAUAUAACCAUAAGUACCCAUGUAUUCCGUGUGCUCAUUGUGUGGACAGAGUGUCUAUGUACAUAUAAAUAUAGGCUGCCCAUUUUAUACAUAGGCCUAUAAAAUUAUAUAACAUGUAAAACUCAAGUACGCCAUUUUACAUAAACAUGAUAAAAUUAACAUACAAAAAUUAUCCUACAGACUCUAGACGUGGUUACGGUGUUGAUGAUGAAAAAGAACUACAUAUAAGAUGUAUUUUUUGUGAUGUUAACAAAUGUGUACUUUGCGCAUGCAUGGGGUCGGAACAAAUGAAUUUCGUUUUGUAUGCAUGAUGACGUGUUCACGGGCUCAAGGUACAUCUUAUUUUCGCAUACGACUGUGCAGCAAACUUAUUUUGGCGUCUCAAUGACAAAAAGAACUGCUUCAAGUGAUCCAUAUAUUGUAAGACCGUCAGAUAUCGUUUAUAAUGUUACGUUACAGAUGUACAAGAUGGAAUAGAAUAUAACCUUAAAUAAAGUGAUAAUAGCAA